AUGAUGUCCCUGAUGACAAGUGAGGACAAAGGCCAAGGACUGCAACAGAUUAUCGCAGGUGUGUUAAAGGAUGAGGCCGAAGUUAUUUAUAAGGGGCACCAAGAAACUAUAGAAAUAAGGGAUAUUGAUGAUGAAACCUCAAAAAUUGAUAUCCAGAUAGCACUACAAAAAGCAACCGGGGGAGCCUGCAACACACCAGCAGAAGAAAUUAGGCUUCGUAAGGCAUAUAGAGGUACCCAGAUUGCUACUGUAGCUCUUCCAGCGGCAGUUGUACACGAUCUGCUCAAAGCAAGUAGCAAAAUACGAAUUGGAUGGGUCAACUGUCAAAUUAAAAUCAUCAAGAAACCAAUUCGAUGUUUUAAAUGCUGGCUAUUCGGACAUUAUGGAUCACAGUGCAAGAGCGAAGUGAAUCGGACCAAUCUAUGCUUUAGAUGUGGACAAGAUGGUCACAAAAUAGCCAACUGUAUAAAUGCAGCAAAAUGUGCACUAUGCGCUGAAAAUGGAAACUCUGAAAAUGUAGCACAUCAUGCCGGCACUCACAGAUGUCCUCUAUAUAGGGAGGCCAUAGAGAAAAUAAUGAACGCAAAAGCAUGA